AUGAUGGCUGAUUCACGAGAGCUAGAGGAAGAGUUUGGUGCAGAGGAUGAGGAGGAAGAGGAGGAGGAGGAGGAGGAUCGGGUGGACAUGGGCGUGGAUCCUAGCUGGAGUGUGCUGCUGGGGUUGCUGUCUCGGCCGGUUGUUGCCGCUGAUCCUUUCGCUGUUCUGCUCUCGCUCAUUCAGUCCAAGCAACCCCGCCCCUCGGCUGCCACGACACAAGCCAUCCUCCUUGUCUCUUUCUCUGCUGCCGCUGCUGCUUCCGAACCUGCGGGCGAGGAGCGGGCCGAGUGGGGUGUCCUGGCCUGCUGCUUGCCGUACCUCCGCCGAGCCUAUAUCCUGAUUCACUACCUUGGCAUAAUGCCGCUCAGAGAGCCCCCGCUUGUGGAUCACUGCGUAAAAGCAAUUAAGAAUCUGAGCCCACAAGUGCUGCUCGCUGAUUGGCUGCGCCGUUCACUUGCCCUUCCCUCCGUGACCUCUGUGCUUCGCCUCAUGGCCUCUGCCAACACGGAAACAUCAUCCACCUCCCCAUGGCACCUCAGCCGCAUGUUUGCAUCAUGGAACUUACCAUCAGAACCACCCCGGCUGGUCAAAGCACCCACCCAGCCAUCAUUUCACCCGUUGCCGGAGAUUUACCAGGACCUGCUGUUAUCCACGAUGAACAAGACCUGCAGGAGCUGCGGCUUGGAGCCCCACAACCCCGCUGUCUGCCUGUGCUGUGGCGAGCUGCUCUGCUACAACUCCCCCUGCUGCCGGCCGGACGGCCGCGGGGAGUGCUACAGACACGCACUGAGAGAGAACGGGGGCACGGGUCUGUUCCUGGUGAUGCGGUCAACACAGCUGGUGCUGAUACACGGUGUGCACAUAUGCGCCGGUCUCUCCAUCUAUCUCGACUCGCAUGGAGAGGAUGAUGCCUUCAUGCGUCGUGGUCGGCCUCUGUACCUUAGCCAUUCCCGCCUUGCAGAGUUCCUGCACCUCUGGAAGACUGCGUCCAUCAGUCAUGACAGCCAGAUUCUCCAUGCCUCCCUUUUUGGCUCAAUGAUGGGAACCGUGUUCCCGAUCCGCAAAAGUCGUUCAGUCAAAAUCAACGCAGCAGCGGGUGGUUCGGGAAAGGGAUUUGGGUCCGGCCCUUCAAACAAGUCGUCGUCUAAAUCCAAGGGUAGUAAGUCUUCAGGCGGGGCCAAGAAAUCAUCUGGGCCGUCCGUCGCCGUGCCAGAAGAUCCGAAGAUCACGCGACUUGUACAGCGAUUGGAGGAAAAAUCGUCCUCCAAUCCGGCACCGACACGUGGCCAUCCGUUGGUAGACCAGCGCGCAGCAGCAAAAGGCCGAGUAGACUUCGUUAAGGUGGAAGGCUGGGAGGCUGCUGGUUCAGCAGCAGGUACGGAAUUAAGUCCGGACGAAAUUGGCAAUCUCAAAGUGAAAAGCUUCACUCCCGGCACCACUUCUCAAGGCUAUGAAACUCGGGCCGAAGCUGAUCAGCAGCCUCGGCAGCAGCUGGCAGAGGGAGAUCCAGCCGCGCCGCAGGUAGGCCUGUACGAGCGCCUGGUGAGGCACCUGCAGGUUCUCGAGUCGCAGGGGAAGCUCUCUGUUGCUCGGGCGAAAGGGGAGCCGCCGCUGCCGUCGUUCGAUCGGUGGAGGUUCGGAGCGAAGAGGUUCGGGCAAUACCUAGUUGAUCAGAUGCAUGUGCACGAGGCUCUUGACAAGGCUGUAGUACAAGCCCUUGGCGGGAAAACUGGCGGGGAGUCUGGCGGCAAUGGUGGGGAUGAUGUGUCAGGAGCCACGAGGGCUUUAAGCCUGGUGGAUCCAGCAAUGGGGCUGUCGCGAAGCGAGGCAUUAAAGAGCGAUAUCGCCUCUCUUUCUAACAAAGCAACAGCCUCGACCAACAACAGCACGGAGCAUCGCGAGCAGGAUCAACCCACCCCUUCUUUCCUCUCCCUCAAAUCCUCCACCACUAGCGGCAGUGGUGCUGCCUCUGCUGCCAUUUCCCCUGCCGACGCUGCUCGGCUCAAGCUCUUCACCCACACGUUCACUCUCCUGGUCACGCACCUGACCAAUGGCAUGCGCAUUGGAGCUAAGGCUGUGGAGUGCCUCCCCUCCCUGCGUGCAGCCAAGGCUGUGAGAUUCUUUCAGGAGUAUCCUGAGACUGUAGGGGAUCCUAUGAAGGCGUUUCGGGCGGCUGUGGAUGACGCGGGGAGGGGGAUGAGUGAGGGGGAGGUGGAACUGGUGGAGGGUGAACUGGGCCCUGCUAUGGUGAAAGCUAGCCUGCUGUUGAAAGUUCUGGCGGUUGAGGAGAGGGAGGAAGUGGUCAGUGCACCCUAG